AUGAUGGUAGAAAAGUAUUACAAAGAUACUAAAAGAGCUGAAUUACUGAGAAAGAGAGCGCAGGACCUAUCAACUUCAUUUGAGAAAUUGUUCUGGAAUGAAGAGAAAAGGUACUUCGUCCAAGUUAUUUGGCAGGACAACAAAAAGCAGAAAGUGAUCGUCGACAAAUUGACUGCAACUAUGGCGUUCAAUAACAUUGUAACUGAUCAAAUAAAGAUAAAAAACACUUUGAUAACAUCAGAAAGUUCAACACCAAACUUGAAUGCGGCAUUGCAAGAUAUCCACAAGACUCAUACUUCUAUUCUCCAAAGUGGAAUAUUGGAGGAAAAGAAGUCGGUGAAGCAAGCCCACUAUGGGGAGAAGCUGUAG